AUGUCAAAAUUGGUCGGGAGGAUUGCGAGAGCCGGCAGAUCAUUGUCCAUUCUUGUUUUCUUUUCAUUUUCAUCUUGUUAUUCUUCGUUUAUUUUUCAAAAUUUCCAUCAAAACAUUGCUACUGAACAUACUAAACUUGAUUAUUGCCCGAACGAGGUAAGAUUUUCACGUGACAGGAUUUUUUGAGCAAAACGAAAAAAAUUGGAAUUGAAAAAUAAUUAGAAACCGGAUCACGUUUUCACGGGCCAAACAUUAAUUUUAAAACAUGUAUUUUCAUAAUUUUCAAAUCCUCUUACUCAUGAAAUAAAACCCGAUAUUUUAGAUGCGCAGCGAUGUCGGUUCAAUGCCAUUGAUGUGUAUUCUUUCAUUGAUCACAUCGAAUGUCUAUGCAUAUUUACCAAAUGAAGAUUUAACAAAUUCAAUUCUUGCACCUGGAAAUGGUGGAUUUCCACCUGAUGCAAUAGUUCCCGAUAUUGAUAGUUCUGCAACAAUUCCAGAUGAUGAAAUAGAUCCAACAGAAGCGGAUUCAAUUUAUCGAUCUAAAAAAGUGAGCACAUUUCGGAGAAGAAAUAUAAAUAGUCCUUAUGCGGGUCGAGUUCCUUUUAAUCGAAUGGCUUAUAAAGGAGGUUAUGGGUCGAGUUUAGGAAGAGGAUAUGGAGCAAGUCGAUCUGGAUCAACACCAAAUAAUGGAUUCUAUGAAAGAAAUCCAUAUGGAACUGUUAAUUUGGGAGGAGGACAAUCUGGAUAUGGAACUCAACCACAUCCAGAAGAAUAUGCAGUUCGACCAAGUGCACCAUAUUCUGGAUUAAUUGGUGGAAGUCGAGCAGGUUAUUAUGGAAGUACUGUAGGAAUGAGAGGUAGAUCAAAUGGAGCAACGUCUAGAAAUAUUGAUUAUCCUGUACCAUGUAAGCACCAAACACAGAAAAUAUCUAAUAAAUAAUCUAUAUUUUACAGCUGAAUAUGCGCCUGCUAAUGAUUUGAUGGGAAGUUUCAACAACAAUAAUAAUAAUAAUCAAGGAGGACAACUUCCAAGUUUGAGAGAACUUGCAAAUUAUGCUUCUAGAUAUGGACCAGCUUAUUUGAGAGAAAGAUUUGGAGGACAAGAUGAACGAGUGCCAGUUCCGUAUAAUGGAAUGCACAUUCCACGUGGCGGUGGAGGUUCUACAGAUUUUGGACUUAAUAUUGCUUCAAAUCAAUGGCAAGGUGGGCAUAGACCUAAUGGAAUUAUGUCAAGGGAUAUGGAUUCUUAUCAACAUGAUGAUGCGAUUGGAAAGAAAUCAACAACUACAACUACAACUACACAUAAACCAGUGAAAAAAUUGAAGAAACGAAGAACUACAACUACAUCAAAACCAGUUUAA